AUGAAGACUUUCUCAUCCCUCGCGGCAGCAUUACUCGUCGCCAACUGUCUGGCGACCGACCUUCUCACCCCUGAAAAGAUCGAGGCUGGCAUCAAAACCGAGGAACUCGAGCACAACCUCCGGAACCUCAACGAAAUCGGCAAGGCCAACGGCGGGAACCGCGCCUUCGGCCUCCCCGGGUAUAAGGCUUCAUCUGAUUACGUGGUCGAGCGGGCACAAAACCGGUUUGCGCCCGAGUACGACUCGUGGGUGCAGUACUUCAACCACACGUUUGAGCAAACCCGUGAAAUCACCCUCACCGGUCCCGACGGUGAGGAUGUCGAUGUGUUUACGUUGUUGUAUAACAAUGCUACGCCGUUGCCCGGCGGGACAACGGGGGUGCUGGUUGAUACGCCGGUUGAUGAUGAGAGGGGUUCCCUUUGCUUUGAAGACCAAUGGGAAGGCGUCGACCCCUCAGGCAAGAUUCUGCUCAUCAAGCGCGGCGUUUGUGCCAUCGCUGAUAAGCUGCGCAUCGCCAAAGCCCGCGGUGCUCUCGCGGUGGUCCUGUACAACCAGACUCCAGGAAUGCCCUCGUCUGCCACUCUGAGCGCCAUCAACAUCGGCCAAAUCGCCCCCGUGGGCUUGGUAACCCUCGAUGUAGGCGAAGCCUGGAAAGCCCGUCUCGAGGCCGGCGAAGAACUGACCGUGACCCUCCUCGUGGACUCCUUGUUCGAAGAGCGCGAAAGCUGGAAUAUCUUCGCCGAAACCAAGGAAGGCGACCCCAACAACGUCGUCAUGCUUGGUGCCCAUCUCGAUUCCGUGCAAGCUGGGCCAGGAAUCAAUGAUGAUGGUUCUGGCACAUCAGCAUUGCUGGAAAUCAUGACAUCCCUGCGCACGUACCACGGCUUCCCUAACAAAGUCCGCUUCGCAUGGUGGGGAGCCGAAGAAAGCGGGCUAAUCGGCUCUCUGUACUACACUUCCCAUCUGAGUGAGGAGGAAGCAGACAAGAUCCGCUUUUACUUCAACUACGACAUGAUCGGCUCGCCCUAUCCGGUCUACGCCGUUUACAAGGGCGAUAACCGGGGCGACGCCGCCGGUGCGGCGCCACUGCUCGACUAUCUCACUGCGGCCGGGUACCCAGCCUACUACGGCAGCUUCGGCACGGGAUCCGAUUAUGUCGGCUUUCUCAACUUGGGAAUCCCCAGUUCAGGACUGUUCACUGGAGCAGGUGGGCCGACGGAUCCGUGCUACCACUUGGGUUGUGAUACGAUUGAUAAUAUCUCGUGGGAGGCCUUGACGGUGAAUGCUAAGGCGGCCGGUGUAGUGGCGGCGCAGAUGGCACUUUCGCUUGAAGCGGUGCCGCCCAGGAGCAAGACGUCGGUAAACCCUAGGAACAAGCAUCGGAUUAGGGCAGAGUUUGAGAAGUGGCAGGUUGCUGUCGAGGAGGCGGAGACGGGGCACACGUGUGCACACAAGUCGAAGAAUACUGUUUAGGUAGAAUUUUGCUGGUGGUGGG